UUUAGCGGAGUUCUUUAUUAUUUAGAGUUCUUUGUUAUUUAGAAGAAAAAAGUUUAAUAAAAGACUAUAUAAAGGUAAACCGUGGGUUAACAUUUGUAAAGUACGUCAGUAAUAACUACCUGGCCUGGAGGAAAACCGGCGGAGCUUGACGCAACAGCUUCAUGAUUAACCUGCACGAGCGUUUACACAGAAGGUAAGGUCCGUCAGCCCAUGAAGCGCUUCCACCAGACCACACGCAAAAUUUACAGGAUAUUGGUUUCUGAAGUCUAAGGUCAACAACAGGUUGCAUGGUAAACUAGUGUAACCUUGAUGCAUGGCGUUUGCAUGACCCCAUUCAGCACCUGUGUGGGGUUGAAAGUAACUGGCUGCAGCCAUGGCCCAAACCACUCCACUUAACGGCAACCUUGCAGAAAAAGAUGAGGGUGACAAAGACUCUGUGCCCCCCUAUAGUUUGGAAACCCCUUAUGGUUAUCAGAUAGACUUGGACUUCCUCAAGUAUGUUGAAGACAUAGAAAGGGGCAACACAAUCAAGAAGCUGAACAUUCAGAGGAAACCCAAAGUGGCCAGGUCUGUGCCAGCCUCUCAGUCUGGUGGUCAGCCUGAGUGGACAUCUACAGACUCUUUGUCCUCAUCAAACAGUGAUGAAAGCAAGCAGUCAUCAGUCUUUUUUACAUCUCAGAACCAGCUAGCCUCCCUGGGCCACAUUACCCAAGCCAAUGAAGCCCCACAGGCAUUUGUGAACUUAUUUGAGGCCAAGCAGCAGCAAUUGCUGCCCCCGCCUUCACCUCGCCUCCCUCGGCACAACGUUCAGGUGGAAAAAACACUAAUGGAGACUCGGAGGAGACUGGAACAGGAGAGGUUACUCAUGCAGCCACCGGCAGAGCCACCUCGCAGGCGCCUUGCCAGUUUUGGUGGGAUGGGCUCCAGUAGCUCCCUGUCGUCUUACAGUGGCUCAUAUGGAGCAAGCCAGAUCUCACCAAGUUCAGUUUCUCUGCAGUAUAAUGGACAUCUGGCCAAUGGUGAUUAUAGUCUUUAUGUAACAUCCUCUAUGGGCAGCUCAAUACGACACAGCCCACUCAGUUCGGGUAUGACCACACCAGUGACCAGUAUCAGCCCAUUGCAUCUACAGAAUAUUCGAGACCAAAUGGUGGUGGCUCUCAAACGGCUUAAAGAGCUGGAGGAGCAGGUGAGGAUCAUCCCAGUCCUUCAAGUCAAAAUUUCAGUGUUGCAGGAGGAAAAGCGACAGAUGGUGUCACAGAUGAAGAACUCAAAAUCAGCUGGCCAACCUGUAGGCUUUCGAAAGCGUUCUUACAGUGUAGGCAGUGCUGAACAGUAUGAGUCAACAGCCCAGCUUCAGGCUGGCUCAGAGUUACACAUUGUGGAGCCAGAAAGUAUGGAACAGAGCUCUCAAAGACUACAGGAAUUUCGGCAGCUGACGGCUGAAGUCCAGGCUUUAGAGAAAAAUAUCCAGGACGCCAACGUGGAGCCAGAGCUUGCACAAAACCAAAUACAGAACAGCACAAGCCAAAAUGCCUUGCAGAGGCAGUGGAGUCGUGAAAGCAAGUCGAUUGGUGUUGGAGCGGAUGAGAACAUGAAUAAUGUAGUAAUCUACAGGAAGUCACCAGGGCAGAGCAAGGAUGUUGCCAUAGGGACUGAGUAUGUUGAGACAAGGUGUGCAGGAGUUGGGGUGACUGAAGCGAUGCUGGGUAUGAGCACAGAGACAGAGGCUGAGAUAGAGCUGCAGCACCAGACCAUUGAAGCUCUUAAAGAGAAGAUCUAUAGACUGGAGGUACAGCUAAAGGAGACCACACAUGAAAUGGAGAUGGGCAAACUCAAGCUAGAGCUCCAGGUAGCUGGCUCAAGAAAGAAACUCAACAAAGGCACACUGGCUAGGCCUGAGAUGCGCAGCACUUCAGUAGAGGUCAAGGUCUCAACACAGAGUCAAGGGGUGGGAAACGAUGCUGAACAGUGUGAUAUCACGACAGAACAUAUACCACAAACACACAAUGCAGCUGUCUGUUGUAAACCAGAUGUAAGGGAUGUUGCUGUGGGCCCAAAUUUGCCAAUGCACAGGUGGAUUGUGCAAGAAUGUGUGGAGGUUCGAGAUCAAUGCAUUGGAAAAGAGGUUGUAAUGUGCCACCAGAAAGUAGGGGUAGAAGUAGAUGUAUGCGAGGUGGGAAUAAACACUGAGUUGACUGCGGAAAGUUUAGAUAAGUUUAAGACUGAGUCCAUACAGUUAAAGGAAUCCAGGACCGUUGGAUGUGGUGAUUGUACAGUGGAUGUAUUAGUUAGUCCCUUUAAGGAGCUUUUGUCCAAGAGCAUAGCAACUGACCCAGUUUGCAGAACAGACUCGGCGGUAAUGGUUUUGCCCACAAUGUAUUCUCAACACACAAACACAGAAGUGAAUACUGUUGGUAAGUUCACCAACACAGAGAGCAUCACCCUUGUUGAUUCUUGUGUUAACACUCAACCAGAUUUAAAAGACAAGGAAACCAUUACUGUCCCACUAGAGACUCGUACUGUCGCUGUUGGUGAAGGUCUUGUAAAAGAUAUCCAGGCGACAGUGAAAACUCGCUCCAUUGCAGUGGGUACUGCAGCAUCAGAGGAGACUAUUGAGAAGGCACCCACUACCAAAACCAAAGAAAGUGGGGUUGGACAAGCUUCUAUACAUGAGAACUUUCUGGUAGGUCUCAAGACCCGGAACAUAGCUUGCGGCCCUUCUCAACUACCAGACCAGAAUGUGGAGAAGAGUGUGGCUGUGGGGCACAUGGUAGCGGCAGAGACUUUGCUCUUACAAAACAAGGCAGGACCUCGGGUAACCUUGGACCACUAUAUAGAGAGGGUGCAAAAGCUCCUGCAGGAGCAACAGAUGCUGCUGGCUGAGAAUUACAGUGAACUGGCGGAUGCUUUUGCUCCACCUCAACAGUCUCAGUUUAAUUCCAUCAACAGCGAACUGGUAACCACACUGUCGUCCAUCAACUCAGUAAUGAAGUAUGGCAGCAUCGAGGACCUUCACAACCUGGACCUGCAGAGCCUGCAAGGAGGAGAUUCUGGUAAUGUCAGACAAGGUACACAGAUUGCCAGUUCCUGUCUGUCCAGUGCCAGGCCUGAAGUCGAUCACCCAGACAGUGCGUGUGCCGAGGACACCGCGACCAAUGAGCAGAGCCGCAUGGACCAGCAGAUGUCCACUGCUCUCCAUGGUGGUCAAAGUGCCCUAAAAUCUAUCAUGAAGAAAAAAGAUGGUCACCAAGGAACCCACGGCACUAAAAAGAACCUGCAGUUUGUUGGUGUAAAUGGAGGGUACGAGUCAACUUCAAGUGAUGACACUAGCUCUGAGGAUAGCAGCUCUUCAGGCUCAGAUGGGGAAGAGGAUGAUACAGAAGGGCUGGGGAACGUAAAGGAGCGAAGAACAGAGCAGUUUAAUAAUGAGCAAGCCCAGGAUGUACAAAGAAAUGUUACAGAUUUUGAUCAGGAGAGCAGGGAGAGACACGAGUUAAGUGAAAAGAUGCUCUCUGCAUGCUACGUUCUUAAAGCCCACCUGAGUGACCCUAAGGCUUUAUCCAGCAAAGAAGUGAGAACAUGCAUGAACACAGUGCAGCUCGAGUGGUUCCGCAUGUCCAGUCAGAAGACAGCAGAGGCAUCCAUGGUGGAGGACUACAUAAAUGCUUUCCGGAACAUCUCGCCUGCCCUGCUGGAGCAUGUGGUCAACAUGGCUGAUGGCAACGGCAACACCGCAUUGCACUACAGUGUCUCCCACUCCAACUUCCACAUCGUCAAGAAGUUGCUAGAUGCAGACGUCUGCAAUGUCAAUCAGCAGAACAAGGCCGGCUACACCCCCAUCAUGCUUGCUGCAUUAGCUGCGGUUGAGGCCCCAAAAGACAUGAGGGUGGUGGAGACGCUGUUUAGCAAAGGGGACGUCAAUGCCAAAGCCAGCCAGGCCGGUCAGACGGGGCUGAUGCUGGCAGUCAGUCAUGGCAGGAUGGACAUGGUCAAGGCCCUGUUGGCCUGUGGUGCUGACGUCAACAUCCAAGACGACGAAGGUUCCACAGCACUUAUGUGUGCCAGUGAACACGGCCACGUGGAGAUCGUCAAGCUGCUGCUGGCUCAGCCAGGCUGCGAUGCCACGCUCAACGACAAUGAUGAAAGUACUGCUUUGUCCAUCGCUCUGGAAGCUGGACACAAAGACAUAGCAGUAUUGCUUUACGCCCAUGUCAACUUCUCCAAAGCACAGUCACCAGGAACGCCUCGACUUGGUAGAAAGACUUCCCCGAGUCCCACUAGGAGGGGCAUGUUCGAUUAGAGAAGCCCCACACCUUCACUUUUUACGUGCUGCUAUUACUUAUGAUUCAACUGUGCCUAGCAUUUCUGUCUGGUGAUCCACCAAACCCUGAUGAUAGAACAUCACAUCAUUUAUUCAGCACUUUUCUGCAUUAAUGUCAGUCAUGUUCUAUUCACUUUGAGAUUGAGGUCAACUACAUAAAUAGGGUUAUAUUUCUGGUUGUUGGUUCAUGCUAAAUAAGCUCUCUUCACUUUAUUUUAUGCCUGAAAUCACCAGCAUGUGACAUUCAUGGAGAAAAGGCAUUGCUUAACAAGUGUCAGUGUUCUGAUGUCAGUUAAAUUCUCAGCAAGCCUUACUUAAAACAAUGUAGAUAGUAAAUUUAUGUAUGUAAAAUGUAUCGUUUUAUCCAUCUGCAGAUUUCGUAGACUGUUUUUAAUAAUAAAUCAGUUUUAAAUGGCCGAGAUUGCCUCAACUCAAGCUUUAUAUUCGAAAUAUGUAUAUAUAUCUCAGAUUUGCAAACACUCGGCUGCAAAUCUGUCUUUUUCUGUCAAUGUCCUGGUAGACAUAUGUGAUGAAAGCUUGGAUUACAAAUCUCUAUUUUUCCAUUGCAGUACAAAUCUAGAUUGGACAAAGUGCUUACUUUUAUACAUACCAUUUUAUUUAAUAAUCACAGUAUUUUGCAUCAUUACUGUUACAUGCUAACAGACUAUGAAUUUAAGAAAUAUUUAUCAAUAAAGUUUUAUUACAACUAA